GUGCUCUUGGGCGCCGCCAUUGCCAUUUAAUCAGCGUGUUCUUGCCGUACCGUAUCAUUGUCCAAGUGUAAUUGUCAUUAAAUUAAAUUGUGAACAAAAAUGGAGGAAUGCCGCACACCCACAAACAAAAGCAAAUUCAACUUUAAUCUCACUCCCACGAUGAGGUGGAACCACCUGAAUGUGAACACAUCGAAUGUGCGUUGCUCGACGCCAAUCACGGGCGCUUUUCGUUCGCCCAACAUGUCGCCCAUACAGAGUAUGCGCGCCCUGAAGAGUCCCGCAAAGACCAUGCUGGCAAAGACGUUCAAGAAGCCGCCGCUGAAGAAAUAUAUGCAUCACAUGCACCGCACGGAGAUCGCAGCUCCAGUGGUCGUACUAUCCAAGAGGAAGGAGGAUGGCACCGAGCGGGAGCAGAAGAGCAACAGCAGUUCGGAUAACUUAUCCGACGAUUCGAAUGUUGAGACGUCGCUCUGCCGCGAGUCGCGUCGUCGCUCCAUAAUGGCCUCCAAUCACUCGUACGUGUUCAAUCACGGCGCCAAUGUGGAGCAGGUGCUCGUGCAUGUUGGCCUGGCGCAAUAUGUGGAUAAUUUCGAGAAGGCUCACAUUGAUCUGGUCGAUCUGGCCUCCAUGGAGAGAGAUGAUCUAAAAAACAUUGGCCUGUCCACCGAUGAGGAUUGCAAUCGCAUUUUGGAUGUGCUAAAAGAACUCUAAGGGAUUGCCCUAAGGGAUCGCUGGCGUAUCCAAACUCUAACAAUUUUAAGCUUAAGAUUUUAAUGCGUUUUAUGUACCACCCCAAAAAUAAUCAAAUAAAUCUGUAUGCAAACCUUCA